AUGAAAGAAAUGGCUGAACUAAUAGAAAAUGGAUAAAAAGUACUAUUAUAAGUAGAAGAAUAUUUUUAAGAAAAUAAUAAAGGAUUAUAUUAAAUAUGUGAACAUAUAAGUUCUUAAAUUCAAGAAUUCGAACAUGUUGUUGAUUUAUUAAUUUAAGUCCAAGACGAUUCGUUUAAACUAGAACAUUGGAUUAAAAUAUUUGAAGUUAUGUAUCCUUAAAAUGAAGAGAAAAGAUAAAAAAUAAAUUAGCUUGCACUUUCUAAUCAAUUAACUUUAGAAAUUUUACUAUAAGAUGAUAUUUUAGACUGCAAGAAAAGAACAUAAAAUUCAUUAAAGUAUACUUUAGAUUGA